UUCAUCACGAAUCAUUGGUCCUAUGACCUUGCUUUGGUUUACAGCUGUUCUUGUGCAGUAUGCUCGAGGAGGUCACGUAUGUUUCCAAAAGGAGGCAGAUCGCAUCGAUACACGCAAUAACCGAGCUACAAGAGGAAUAUUCAGUAUUUGAAGCCAAUCUGCAUGUUCCAUGGGCAGCAGCACUAGCAGUCUCUACAGUGCCCUGGCUAAGACCGUCAGCAGACCUGCUCUCCCUCCCCCGUGUGACUCCAAUUAUAAUCCAGGUAACGAUCUGGAUCUGGAUCAAGAUCCGGCGGACCCUUCGGAGCUGUUGCAGGAAUGUAAAGAAGUUCUGAGAAACCGGCCAGCCCAGCUCCAGAGAGCUUUCGUUCAGACUGGGCAUGGAGACGCCAGGCAGGCGAUCAGAGUUAUGCAGUGGAAUGUACUGGCACAAGCAUUGGGUGAAGGCAUGGACAGUUUUGUACAGUGCCCCAUGGAUGCUCUGAACUGGGCUGAAAGGAAGUAUUUGAUCCUGCAGGAGAUCCUUACCUACAACCCUGACAUCAUUUGCCUACAAGAAGUUGAUCACUACUUUGACAUGUUUCAACCCAUCCUGGCAAGUUUGGGCUACCAGAGCAGUUUCUGCCCCAAACCGUGGUCUCCAUGUCUGGAUGUGGAGAACAACAACGGCCCAGACGGCUGUGCUUUGUUCUUCAAUCACAAACGCUUCCAGUCACUAAACACAACACACCUACGACUGUCCGCCAUGAUGCUGAAGACCAAUCAGGUGGCAAUCAUUGCUGCUCUACGCUGCCGAGCAACAGAACGGGCGUUUUGUGUCGCGGUAACUCAUCUGAAAGCACGGAGCGGUUGGGAGGUCCUUCGCAGCGCACAGGGUUCGGAUCUGCUACGAAACCUACGAAAUGUUGCACAGAGAAUCGAAACGGAAGAACAAAGCGAUACCGACAUUCCCCUGAUUGUAUGUGGCGAUUUCAAUGCAGAGCCAUCAGAAGACGUCUAUAGGAAAUUCGCAACAUCUAAUCUGGGAUUGGACAGUGCGUAUAAGCAUUUGAGUACGGACGGGAAAAACGAGCCUCCGUACACAACGUGGAAGAUCAGGCCCAGUGGCGAGAGCUGCCACACGCUGGAUUACGUGUGGUAUUCGCACCGAGCGUUUGAUGUUAAUGCGGUUCUGGACUUUCCUACAGCUGAACAAAUUGGACCCAAUAGGCUUCCUUCCUAUAACUACCCUUCAGAUCACCUAUCCCUCGUCUGUGACUUCAGCUUCAAGGAUCCGACGCUUGUUUCCCAAUAAUUACAAACGUGCUUGUUAUUUCUCAAGACAUUUAUCACAAGUCGAGACUUGUGUUGGCACAGCAUUUCUACAUAUUUUUGUUCAUGACUAAUUAACGAUUCAGUCUGUAUAUUCUUGAAGGAACGUAAAAGUGAAAAUACUGUCUUCAUUCACUCACCUCUGUUUUUCUUUGUGCCGUAGAACAUAAAAGCAGAUGUAUUUUCAAUUGUUAGAGACAGUACAGCACAAUAAAAUUUUCAAACUGCAAACUUAAAGUGUUGCCUGAAAACUUGUCACAUCAGGUUUGGCAUUAGUGAUUUUAAAAGCAAUGAUUAGAUGAUUUUCAGAAAAUCAACAACUGUUUCUCACACAAAGCUAUAGUAUGGCUUCAAAAGACUUGAAAUAUAAUCAUACCAGGGUCAGAAAUGAACUUUUCCAUUAAGGGGCAAUAUUUGCCCCCUGGAAUUGACUUCCAGCUGCAUUUUUUACAUUUGUGAGGUCAUUAAACCAUAAAAACAUAUGUUAAAUACUUAAAUUUACACAAUUACUUUAAUCAAUAUUUUAAAAUGUUGUCAACAACAGUUUAUAAUUAUAAGUUAUACAUGUAAAAAUAAAAAGGGAUAAAAGGGCUGAAAUAUUAUGACAAAAUCUUUAUUGUAGAUUAUUGCUCUUUAUUUUGUAAUAAUGAUUAAUAAUAUCGAUAUGGAAAACUGUGUUUCUUUUCUGUAAUCCUGCGAAUUGACACUUCAUUCAUUUUCAUAUUUAAUUUUAAUCGCAACAGCCAUACGUUGUUUAAUUGUGCAGGGGUAUUUAUUUAAUAUAUCUUUUUGUGUUCCACUGAAGAAAGUAAGUCAUUAAAGUUUGGAAAGACAUGAGAGUGAGUAAAUGAUAACAGAAUAUUUAAUUUUGUGUGAUAUUAUUUCUUUAAGCUCUUGUAUGUUCGCGACUUUGAGAAUGUAGGGUUAAAAGCAAAAUUUUUUUUUUUAUUCAUAAUAUAUGACUCAAAUAAAAUCAUGCUGGAAACCUUUUUUUUUUUUUUUUUUUUUUUUUUUGCCUUAUUGGUAAUAUGACCGUGCACAAAUAAAACUAUUGCAUUGCGGUAUUUUCAUUUUGAUGAAAAUAAAGUAUGUUUGGGAGAAUGCAUACACUUGCAUUAGUAAA